UGACUGAAAAAUCUGUCUGCACGAUGUUGUUACUGUAAUCUUCAUGCAUCUUACAUAAAUAUUCAAUUUUCGUAUUUUUAUUUGACUUUAAAAGUGCUUAGAUUAUUUUGCAAAAAUCAUAAAUGCAUAUUUUAAAUAUUAUCGAACAAUUUGUUAUCAAGGAAUUACGACCAUCAUUAGAGCAAUGCAACACGACAUAACCAUUGUUAGAGGAAGACAUUUCAAACGGUGGCGUGAUAACUAUACGUAAAAAUACCUGUAAACGUAAAAACCAAAUGUUUACUACUGUGAAUUUAUUUUUAUGUGGUUGGGAAUUUUUUGUUUAUUGUAUUUCGCUCAUUAGGAAAAAGUCACAGUCACUGUACUAUAUGGUUCUUAUGCAGGAUGCCCCACCCCAUUGUCAUCACACUGUAUUAUUAUGUGCAGACAUCUCACGGCAGUGACCGUAGCAUAUGAUUUUUAUAUGUCACUAGUUCAGUUGAUAGAAGGUUGCAAACUAAUAUUUGUGACUGUGAAAAUCUUCAGAUGACAGUUUUGAACAGACACAGCAACCUUCAUAACAAGAACAUGAAGACAUACAUAACAUGUUGAGAUAAGCUUUUUUACCACUCGUUUUCAAAAUGAUAUUCAAAUGACAAAGUAGAAUUCUCAAUUUAAAGAAAAAUGUAUACCGGGGUUUGCAGUUAUGGCAUUUGUUCUCUGAGUAACAUUUUUCCUAUCCGCACCUUAAAAAUGUGAAAAUAAACUUUAAAAGCUUGUCUCUAUCAGAUAAAAAAACACUGGUUGUUUCUUUGCCCUACUUCACUGGUCAUGAACAUUUCUCAUGGCUAUGGGACAUUUGCCACCUUAAAGCAGCCAGGCUUAAAAUGCACUAGAAGAACUCAACAUUUUCAGCAGUCUUUCAGCCUUGAAUAAACAGGCAAAACAUAGUUCACCAUGACUGAAAAUAAACAAGCACAGCUUUAAUAAAGUGUGCAUGUAUGUAAUUUUUUCUGGCCAAACCAUGAAAAUAACUGUAAUUGAAAUUUGAAGACAUUGGCCUAGAUUACAACUUUCACCAACAGCUAAAGUAUUCCCAUUUCCACCAAGUGGAUUUACGAGAAAGCCAAAUAAGGAAGUGCAAGUUUGUUGAAGGCUUUGCUGUCUGUGCGAAUCCACACAGAGACGAGGGAUACCCUAGGUGCACGGAGGUCACCAAAGUACAAUGAAACUAACCUGAGGAAUGAAACACACAAGACCAGGUCAGUGUGCAAAGAGCAGCAGCUGAUCAAGCAAAAGCCAUUUGAGGUCCGGGACACCAGAGUGAGAGAUUUGAACAGAGGGACUUGCUCAGGUCGGGAGAGGGGAACCAAUGGAUUGUGUUUGUACUGUACAGAGGGCUUUGAAUGAAAAUGAUAGAACACUUUAGCGUCCUCACAGCAAAAAGGGGCGGCCAUGGGGAAGGGGUUUCUCGGUGGUGCUGAUUCAUGCACACAUAGGAUGUACCCUUUGUAUGAAGAGUUCUUGCCAUGUGAAAGUGUUCUUAGCUUUGAUGACCUGGAAGAUGAUGAAAAAGAUAAUGUCAAAAGGAAGACACGAAACCUUAGUGAGAAGAAGAGGAGGGACCAGUUCAACAUGCUUAUCAAUGAGCUGUGCUCAAUGGUGGCUGCCAACAACAAGAAGAUGGACAAGUCUACUGUCCUCAAGUCUGCUAUUCAAUUCCUCAAAACACAUCAAGAGAUUUCUGUACAGUCGGCAGCAAAUGAAAUUAAAGAAGACUGGAAACCAACCUUCCUCUGUAAUGAGGAGUUUGCACAGCUGAUGCUAGAGGCGGUGGAUAGUUUUCUUAUAGUGUUUACCCAACAGGGCUCAGUACUGUAUGUUUCAGAGAGUGUCACAUCACUGUUAGGACAUUUACCGAAUGACCUCAUCAACAGAUCUUUCUAUGACUUUGUGCAUGAAGAUGAUCACGUGAAGAUUUACAACUUACUGUCCACCUACUGUAUACAGACCAGCAACACAGGCCAUGACUUUGAAAAAGAUGAAAAUCAGUUAAGUUUUACCUGCCAUUUUCGCAGAGGAACAAUAGAUCCCGAAGACCAAUCCACUUAUGAAUUUGUUCGGGUGUCUGGAAGUUCCCGUCUCCUAUCUAAUGAUGAAGAUUUCCUAUCAGGAGAUGACAUAGUGGGUCUACAAUCUUCAAGCAUGUCUGUAUGCUUUUGCUGCACUGUGCGUCUUCAAACAUCACAUAUCAUACGUGAGAUGUCAAAUGUGGAUGAAGCCACAUGUGAAUUCACAUCACGGCAUUCCUUAGAGUGGAAGUUCCUCUUCCUAGACCACAGAGCUCCGCCAAUUAUUGGUUACCUCCCUUUUGAGGUACUGGGUACAUCUGGAUAUGAUUACUAUCAUCCAGAAGAUAUUGAGAGAGUUGCCAAAUGCCAUGAACAGUUGAUGCAGAUGGGGGAAGGGACGUCUUGCUACUACCGGUUCUUGACCAAAGGGCAGCAGUGGAUCUGGCUGAGGACCAGGUACUAUAUCACGUACCACCAGUGGAAUUCCAAGCCGGAGUUCAUUGUUUGCACCAACACUGUGGUUAAGUAUGCAGAUGUGCGGGCACAGCUGCGACGAGAUCUUGGUUAUGUAGAAGAGGAAACCUUCAGUGCCUCAAUUCUCUUGGAGGCUGGCAAAGGUGACAAGACCCAUCGCAGUUCUUCCGUCUGCUCUGUGUCGUCUGGAGGUGUUGGUGGCCAGACCUCAGAUGUAGACAGCUCCCAGCAUCCUCACUCCACAGAGAAGGAGCCAGGCUCCACAAAGAAGUAUGUUACCAGCCAGCUGCAGAGCCUGCUCCAGCAACAUCUGCAGCGUAACACCCUACGCAACCAUCCACGAGCAACGUCCACAUCAUCAACCAGCAAUCACCCAACAACUACAAUACCACGCAUUGUACCCAAUAUCCUACCUAUCAUGGCCAUGCCACCCAGUAUGAUCACCCUACCUCAUAACCAGCAGCAGGUUGUUUCCCAGACAAGAAGUGUUGAAUCAUCUUCUGUCCUUUCACCUGGCAUCCAGACACUGCCAAUGCAGGCAGGCCUUUUCCUCACACCUGCACAAAAGCUGUUGCAUGACCACCUGGUACAGAAGUCUGAACGACUGCAGGAUACUAUCCGACAGCAGCAGGAAGAGCUGCGACAAAUCACACAGCAGCUAGCCCAGGCCCAGACUGGUGUCCAGUCCUCCCUCAUUGCUGUGCCAGAACCAGGCACUCCUUCAUCCCUGCCACUUUUGUUGGCACCUAAUGGAUCAGUCUCGGAGGUUCUGAGCAUGAUCAACCCAGGGAACAGCCAGAUCCUAUUGUCACAGCUUAUGGAACCCUCCUCACAUUCCUCCAGUUCCCAGGCCACAGGACCUUUCCAGAUUGUUUCCCCAGACUCGGAUAUGGGCUUCGGAAAUAAUGAUCUUUCUGAUUCAUGUUAACAAUCUACUCAGUGACAGAGACAGAGAGAGAGCAAGCAUGCGCAUUUAUUGUGCAUGCGUACAUUCGUUAAAAUUAGAUAAUUUUGUUGACUUUCACCCAUGGAAAAUUAUAAGAAAGUGACACGUUUUUGCUCAGUAGCUGCAUAUGAAGAAACUCCACAGAGUGUGUGUGUGUGAGUGAGGGAGAGAAAGAGAGAUGGCAAGCUGUGCAUAUAAAAAACAUUCACUGGUCAGCACAUUUACAUGCUGCCUGUAUUGUUGCUGUUGUUGUUUCUCAUUGUUACUUGGUUGGGUGGACACCUAUUGUCACAUCUGACUGCAAGGACCAGUGCUGUGAGUGUUUGUGUAGCUUCUGUUUUCAGUCCACUAAUUUAAGAAAUUGAAUUGCUGAUCACAAGGCAAAGGUCAACUAAUAUUUGUUUGAAUUUGUGAUGGCGAUGGUUGCAGUGGUCAUUAUGGUCUCAGGGUCAAAGAGCUUCUUUUCCACUUUUGACUUGCCAUAAUGGUGUUCUCUUGUAAGCACCAAGCAUUAUACUGUCUGCAACUGGGCAGUAUUGUGGGUCUGGCUUACAAUGAUAGUCAUGAUAGUCAUCCUGCGACCUUUGGUCUGCAUCUCAUUAGCAUUCAGAACUACACAGUAAAUAGUGCAUGAUGUGCGUUGAAUUUGACUUUCCAAGUUCAGGUUACAUUGAAGGGAGUAAAACUGAAGGAUCAACCAUAUUUUUUGCACAUUUUAGUUUGAGGUUGUGAAAUUUUGUCUGUUGUAUGUAAAUGGCAUUAUUCCCAUACUGAGUUUAUAUCUUCUUCAUAAAGCAUUGUAGAAUUAAUAGACAUGGGAGUAUUUAAUGUUUUGAGGGAAGGAAUAUAAGCAAAUGGUGCUAAAUGUUUGAAAUUUAAAAUGCAUUCAUUGUUGUAAUGAUCGCUUUCACCAGAGUUAGGUGGUUUUCCCAGGGGCCAUUAUUUGGAUCUCGUUAGACAGAGUGUCACUCUUUGAGUGUUUUGUUGUGUGAUGGGCAGUCUUGGUACUCAUGUACUUAUAUUUUCCUUUCCUAGUCACAUGGCAGCAGCUGUACAAAUGUGCUUCAAUAAAUGUCCAAAUUAAUUCAGAAUGUCAACAAAUUUUACUUUCAGUCAGUGGUGAUCACUGCAAGAAAAGUUGAAGUAUCCUGCCAGUGUUUCAAGUUGUUUACAGGUGUAUGUAAAUUAAGUAAGAGAUAAUCAAAUGAUGUAAAAAAAACUUGUCAUGGGGUUCUGACAACAGAAAUGAUUUGUCAGUGGAAGACUAAAAUGUAAGAGUUUAGACUGAGUUGUAAUCAUUGGUAAUGAACCAUACAUAUUAAAGUUGCUAUUUCAUCAUUGCUAUCAAAGGUCAGUAGGCCAGCGUUAUGUGCAUAAAAAAUGGUACUAAUAAUUAAAGCAGGUUCUUGAGAGCAAGCAUCAGAUGAUAACGCUUCCACUUUGAUGUGUAUUUUUUGUGCAGCUGGCCCCAGGCCAGGUAUCCACCAAGGGUACUCAGCUUGUUGGACACCAAGAGGGAAAUAACCCCAUUUAAUAUUUAAAAAUUUGAAGUUUUCACUGAAUAAGAUUAUUUUUGGUUGAGGUUUUGCAGCUCCUUCUGCAAGAGUUCUGUAUUCAAAGAAAGCAUUUCUGGAAGGUGAAAGUCUUAAUUUGCUCUUUUUGUGGUGUCUGAUUCAUGCUAUGAAGGAAAGUCAAAUUACAUGCAAAUUAUAUUUUUGAGGACAUACAAAACCUUUUCAGACUUGGUGCUGAAAUUAAUUGAAGAACUUUUUUGGAAAACAAAAUCAUGAAAAUUCCAUAUACUUUUUAUUGCUUGUGAUAGAAAGGGGAAACAAGAAGAUAAAAGUGUCCUGACCCUGCCAUUCCAUCUUUAGAUUUUGUCUCUUUUACAAAGGAAUUGAAAAUAUGUUGUAAGGAGAGGUCACUAGUAUACUUUGAAGCUGUCUUGUUUCUAAAUUCCUGUGCAAUGCAGACACAUUGCAACUAUUAUGUGCAUGGCUCACAUUUUCUUUAUUGAGGAAAUAGAUGUCUGCAGAGAUAUGCGGCAUGAAAGUGUUUAUGUAUGUGUGAGUGAUGAAACUUUCAGAGGUUAUCUGGAAGUGUGUACUAUGUGUAGUGAUAUUCAGGUUGUGAAUGCUCAGUUAUUAUCUUAUUUCCAUCAGUGUCAUUUACAGUAAUUUAUGUUUCAGUUCAUUGGACUGUGCUUCUGAGUAAUUGCUAUAUAAAAUGUUGUUUCACAUAGAUAAUUAUUCCAGCUGUCUUCUGGAAGGGCAGGCUGUAAUGAGAGAGCUGUUGUCUGUUACCUGUUGAGUGUAAUAAAGAUGCAAAGUUCUUUUAUUUGCUCAGUAAAAGGUCA